CCGAGUUGUAUAGACCGAAAACUGUACAUUAGCUGCUUUCUGACAUUGCACACUCAGUUUUCACAUAGCUUUAUUAACUGUGCCAUACCUUAAAGUAAAAUAGAAAAUAAAAUUAUUGGGCGGCUUAACCAAUUUUGAAAAAAAAACUCAGUUGUAAUAUUAUGAAAGUUACAGUAAACCGGAAUUUUCGUUUAGUUACGGUUGACUGAUAAUGGCUUCGAACGUAUAACUUUUUUUUUUGUGUUGGUGUUAAAAUGUGUGGCGUUCAUUGUUAUUUCACGUUAUGGAAAGUUAUAAGUUUUGUUUGUUUCUUGAACUGUGUAACUGAUGUAUAUGCAAACAAUUUUACAGAUCAUGAAUAUAUUGAAAAUAAAGAUGAGCCCGAUGAAACCAGAAGGUCACUCGACGCUGACCGCUUCUACGACCACAAAGGAAGAUCUCGACCAAGAAAAAUAAACUUAGCCGACGCCGUACACAACAUCCCUUACCCUUCAAUAAACGACUUCGUCUACUAUCGUUUAUCAAACAAACUUCUGUCGACGAAAACGAAUGCUGUACUGAUAACUUCGUACAAAAUGAGUAUGUCUAUAGUGUAUUUGGCGAGGAGUUUUGCGUUCAGGCCGUAUCGUCCUGUGUCGAUCAGCCCGAUGAGGGCCCGAUUCUAUACGCAGGCGUUUAGAUGGAUGCUUCGGCACGUCUCCUUGUGGCCGGAAUGGAUACUAAACUCCAAAACCUACGGCGGAACCCACCACGUGUGGCUCCGAAGACACUCUUUCAGUGACAAAAAGAUCCCUGACUUCGUACAGAAGUUGCUGUUCUUCGUACCUCAACAAGAAUGGGAAGACGAGGCUUUGGAGGAGAAGCUGUUGAUACCACAAUCACACUUGUUCCUUAAAUAUUCACCUACGGCUGGGUGAAUUACGUUUGAGUUCCUAUGUUGUGACAAUAAUUUAUGUUAUGUAUGUAACGAAAAUACACUUUUUCCGAUUUAAAAAAGAAAAAGGUAAUUAUUUUUCCUUAAUUUUCGUGUAUAUUUUGAAACUGCCUAAAAUUAUUUUACAAAUAGGUACAUAAAUAUACUUAUAUCAAUGUUA